AUGGAAAUUAAAAUAUAUCAGGUAGAUGCUUUCACAGAUCGAUUAUUUGCCGGUAAUCCGGCAGCGAUAUGUCCAUUAGAACAGUGGUUAUCGGACUCAUUGAUGCAGCAAAUUGCUGCUGAAAAUAAUCUUGCUGAAACUGCUUUUUUUGUGUCCAAUUCUACUGGCGAUGGGUAUGAAAUUCGUUGGUUUACACCCGAACUGGAAAUAGACCUUUGUGGACAUGCAACUUUAGCGACUGCACACAUUAUUUUCACUGAAAUAUCUCCAAUGCUUGAGAAAAUCAACUUUCAAACCAAGCAAGCUGGUGACCUUACUGUUACUCGUAAAAAAGAAGCUGGCUUAUACACUCUAGAUUUUCCUGCUCGCCCAGCUGUAAAAGCUGAUCUACCUGAUGGAUUAUUACGGGCAUUAUGCAGUGACAUAACACCCAAAGGAAUUUAUAAAUCACGAGACUACAUGUUAGUCUAUGAACAGGAAGUCGAUGUUAAACAAAUAUCACCAGAUUUCAUGGCUUUAGGCAAAAUUGCUAAUGUAUUCGGUGUGAUUGUUACGGCUCCUGGUGAUGACGUUGAUUUUGUGUCACGCUAUUUUUCGCCAGGCGCUAGCAUUCCUGAAGAUCCUGUUACGGGCUCAACACAUUGUACUUUAAUUCCUUAUUGGGCCGAACAAUUGGGUAAAAAUGAAUUGCAAGCUGACCAGAUUUCUACGCGUAAAGGCAAACUUUGGUGUUUCAACAAGGAUGAUAGGGUAUUAAUCUCGGGUAAAGCGAUCACCUAUUUAAAAGGUCAAAUAAACAUUUGA